CUCACUGUUAUAAUUAUUAACCUUUUAACGAGGAAUUCCGAGUAAGCACUAGUCAUCAGCUCGUGUUGACUAUAUUCAUGUCUUUUAUCUGUCCAUUUAGACGCAAAACUCUUCCAAGUGACUUCAUUUCCACAACCCGUAAUCCUAAACCUUUGAUUACAGAUGGAGAAGUGAAAAAGCGAGCUGAAGAAAGUGCAAAAAUGGAGGCAAAUAGCGGAAAAUCAACAACAAAUGCAUCGUCUCUUCGAUGGAAAAUCCUUCGUCGUAAUCUUAUUCGUCGCUCUUCAUCCAAUUCAGAAGAUAAAUUUGAAAUGGGUAUUCAGCGAAUAUCUAGAAAGGCAACUCAUGGGUUCAAUUUGAUACCAUUUCAUCUGAUGAAAGACUGUGUUGAAGAAAAUGUGAAUCCGAUGGAUAGCUCACGGAAUGCUACAUUAUGCUAUACAUUGCCAGUUACUAAUGCUUCCCAACUUAUUCUACAUCAGAGAGCGGAUGAUAUGGCUCAUCUUAAUGACUUUGAGUUCUGCAAUAGAUAUGAUAUUGACAACACUGGACUUGUUUGUCAAUGGCCGUCAGAGGAUGUCCUUGCCCACUACUGCUUGUCACAUGCAAGCAUUUUCAGGGGAAAAAGAGUCAUUGAGCUUGGAUCUGGCUAUGGCUUAGCUGGAUUGAUCGUUGCAAUGACCACAGAAGCACAGGAUGUUUUCAUAUCUGAUGGAAAUCCCCAAGUUGUUGAUUAUAUACAGCGUAAUGUGAAUGCCAACUCUGGUUCGUUUGGUGGUACAGAGGUGAAGCCAUUGAUGCUGCACUGGGGUCAGGAAAAAGACACUGAUAUCGCCAACACAGUUGAUGUCGUCAUUGCAAGUGACUGCACUUUCUUCAAAGAGUUCCAUGGAGCACUCAUCCGAACUAUCAAAUCACUGUUAAAAGAGGAAGGCCCUUCUGAAGCCAUACUUUUCAGCCCCCGAAGAGGCAACUCAUUGGACAAGUUUCUCGGAGAAGUUAAAGAUAGCGGAUUGCAUUUCAGCACAGAUGAAAUGUACGAUGCAGAAGUUUGGAGGCGUCAUCAGGGGUUUGUCGAGGGUGAUGAUUCCUGGCCAAAUUAUGAGAUGGAUCAUUGCUAUCCUUUACUAGUCAGAAUUACGCGAUGAAGACUUAAAGUGCAGGUUUACUGUGUCCAGUAUGCUUAUUUUGUACAUACAAAACUAUAAAAAGCUAGCUCAGAUCUUAUAUUAUAUACUAUGAAAUAUGAACUGAUUCCACUAUGGACAAGUUAUGAUUGUAAUAGUUUAUCAAAAUUUUGGUAUUCAGAACCCAUAAAACUUUAGUUCUUUCACUUUGUUGAGAAGAAAUGAUUUAGUUGUGUAUUGAAUAUAAACUCCAAAGCACCAACUAAUGAUACU